AUGACUUCUGGUUCUGAUGCUGUACUAAGAAAACACAACACUAAAAACAAAGAUUAUAUUCUUUAUAUCUACAGAAAUCCUAAAGAUGUUUUGGUUUCCUUUUUUCAUUUUUCAAAUUGGGUGGCUCGAUUCAAGCCUUCUGAUACUAUUGAGAAUUUUAUGGAAAUGUUUCUAGAUGGACAAGUGAUGGGAAGUCGUUGGUUUGAUCAUGUAAGAGGCUGGUAUGAACACAGACAUGACUUCAAUAUUCAGUUCAUGAGCUAUGAAGAUAUGAAAAAGGACCUCAGAAGUGCAGUGCUGAAAAUCUGUGGAUUUCUUGAGAAAGAACUUAGUGAAGAAGUUGUGGAUACUGUUGUGAAACAGGCUUCAUUUCAGAACAUGAAGACUAAUCCACAAGCAAAUUAUCAUGGUAUUACAAAGUAUGAACUUGGAGUGAGAAAUGAUAAAGGACAUUUUCUGCGCAAAGGUACCAUUGGAGAUUGGAAACAUCAUUUUACUGUGGAGCAGAAUGAAAGAUUUGACCAGAUAUUCCAAAGGGAAAUGAAAGACGUUCCCCUGAAAUUCAUCUGGGAUAUAAAUGAGGAGUAGAAUUCUAAUCAAACCAUAAAAGAAUCAUAUAAACUCUAAUCAGAGGCUAUAUCUUAACCUACAU